UUUGGGCAUAAAGUUUGUAAGAACUUCUUUGUUCUUACAAACUAAGGAACAAAAGAUUCUGUCUUGGUUUUUUUGUUUUCUUUUGCUUUUCUUUUAGGUUCCUACUUUCCUCUCCAACUAGCCAGCUCAUUUAAAGCUAAAAUCUUACACUUGGCAUGGAGGCUGUUUAUAUUCAACUCAGCUGAUGUAUCACUAAAUAAAAAGGUAUUCAGGGAAGCAUGAAAAGAUUCAGUAGGAUGAAAUAGCAAAGCAUAAGGGUUUAUGUCAUGCAGGAGCAGCCUUUGAAAGCUAAAAGGAACCUAAAGAAAGAGGCAUUAAUUGUGGGAAGUUAACAUGUAAAAUGGGAAUCAGAAGAGAAGAUUCUUCAAAUCCUUUCAGCUACUGAAAGCAUUGAUUCAGAGGUCUUCAGUUUACAAGUGAUCAAGUAUAAAGAGAGAUAGAAAGGAAGCUGGUUAAGCAUAAAGAAAAAAUUUUGAAGUGGCUGUUAUGUACCUCCCCAUAAUCAGCUGUUUGAAAAGGGUCUCUUAUCUCCUACCCUUGAGUGUGGUUUUAAAUCUAUUUGACCAGAAUUGUUGAUUAUUUAAGGUAUCCUGGAUGACACCUGAGGGUGAGACAUAGCUGAAGUGAGUAUCCAUGCACUUCUAUAGAUAAGAUUGCAUGCAAGGCCAUGCUGAAUGCUGGCUUGCCUGUUGACUGAAAGGGCUAACUAUUCACAAGUUUAAUUCAAGUCAUCUUCCUUCAAGUGCUUCUCUGCUUUGGUUAGGUUUUGAACAAUACAUAGGUCACUUUCUCUGUGUCUCUCCAUCCUUAUUUACUGAUUGCUUGGAGAGCUUCAUGCAGAUCUUGAUGAAAACACAUUCUGGCUUUUGUACUCAAUUGCUUGGUUUCACCUGGGAAAUCUGCACACAAUUGUAUCUGACGAUAACCAGUUCUCCUGGAGAAUCCUUUGUCAUCCUCUGAAAAUCCUUUCCUCUUUGAACACAAGAAGAAUAAACAAAGACUGGAAUAAGCUCUCAAAUGCCAAGCUGAGUGCCUCACCAUCUGCACUUGGAACAUCCACAGCACACCUACUUGGACUGUGCACAAGUACACGUCCUUUCUAUGGAAACUGGAAUGGUGAUGCAGAGAAUGAGAAUGCCUAGCUCUCAUUCUGACACUUAAUCCUGACAAAUCUGCAAAGUACUGCUAUGUGGAUAUUUGUUAGCAAUGACUGAUGUGGAAUCUACAUAUGCAGACUUUAUUGCUUCAGGAAGAACAGGUAGAAGAAAUGCAUUACAUGACAUACUUGUGUCCUCUCCGGGUGGGAACUCUAGUGAACUAGCCUUAAAGUUAUCAGAGCUUGAUAUAAACAAAACAGAAGGAGAAGGAGAUGCACAACGAAAUCCAAGUGAGCAAACUGGGGAGGCCCAAGGGGAGGCAGCAAAGCAAGAAAGCUGACAUCCGACUUUGACUGACUGAAGCAGCUGCUGGAUGUUUUCAGACUACAAGAGCAUGCUGGAACAAAUUUGUUUCCAUGAGCAAGCUGGUGGAAAAGAAAGUGCAUGUGUCUUCACUGCUGGAACCCGCUCAACACAAUGCUAAAAAUGGGGGUGCAAGCUGUGGCAGAAGACAGAAUUUUCUCUACCUCUGUCAUUAGCAAUGGUUGAACAUGUGUUGAUUUUUUUGGGAUAGUGUCAUAAGAUGGAUCCCUUCAUAAUGACUACUUGAUGGGAACACUUUUAGAGAGUAGAACAGGUAAAUCUUGUAGCAAAUGGCCUUUGAAACAUCAGAGGAUCUAAUUGUGCAUCUUAAGCAAAGGCUUGUGUGAUCCUCAGAGUUUAAAAUUCUUUGGCCAAAGUGUUCACCCAUUAAAAGAACUGUAAAGAAAGCACUGUUUUUAGAACUUUGCGUCUGUUUUACAGCUCUGUUAUUUACAAUGGUUUUUGUAUUGUAUGACUUAGAUGCUCCACACUGCCCCUUCUCAACUGCUUAUGAAGGAUAUUUCUGUUACUGUGAAUUUUUCUACCACGCGUUUUGAAAGGGCUGGGUUUUUGCAUAAUGUGGUGAUGUGCACAUGAUAGAUUUAAAACGUCAACUGCUAAAUUGAUUAUGCCUAAACCGAAAUGACUCAGCAUCCCUCUAAUCUGUUACUAGAUGAGCCUUCAAAAUGAUUUGUUAAUGUGAAUACUUCAGCGUGUUUUGUGUCCUUGGUACAGUUUUGCCACUUGCCUGUAGCUAGUUGCAUAUCAGAGACUCAAAUUUGAAUAUUUUAUGUUUUCUUCCCCAUUUUUCUAAUUUUAUUCCCAAUUUCUUAAUCUUUCUCCGAGGUAUUUUUUAAAAUGUUAGUCCAAGUAUUUUAUUGUUAAGAUAGUUUUAAGAAUACAUUUAUAACCUUAUAUAGGUUAAAAUUCAAACAAAUUCCGUGGUGCUAGAGAUUUUCCUGGUUCACAUGUUAAGGAUGGGCCUUGUUUACACGCAGGAAAAUAACUGGCAUAGGUUAUUGCCAAUUACGUAUUCUGGAAUAAGUUUUAGAUUGCAGGAUAGUCCAGCUAGUGGAUCGUGGGCUGGAUCCACCUAGGGAGAGUAUUUUUUCUAUUCCUUGUCUUUGCCUCAGUUUAUCAGGCUGUUGAGUUUGCAGAGCCAGCAGCCUGUUACUGAGGCACCAGGUUACAGCCAAGCACUAGAAGCUGCCUCAGCAGCCUUUUGGCUAGGAGGAAAAGGAAGUGAGAGACUUGGCAUCUAGCACUCUAAAGACUGGAUUUUUCCCAUUUCAUUUAUUCCAAAAUGACAGUCCUGGACCUUGUUUGAAAUACCAGGAUAGCUUGUCCAUCCAGGAGAUUACCUAAAACAUCUACAAAUUAAUAACCUAUUUUGUAGUAGCUAUGCUGAUUGCUGUCCUCCCCCCAUCCUGCCCCAAUAGACAAGACCAUAUAUGAGGCAAAAUGGGCAGCCGCACCUCUGUGUGACUAAAGUGAGUAAAGAGAGUGACUGACUAGUAAACCAUGGCAAUCACAUAAGCACCAAUCACAAAGUCAGAAGAUUAGUUUUCUUUUAUUAACAGGAGGUGAUGUCACUUUCUUUAUAUAUAGUAUAUAUAUAAUAUAUAUUUUUGUGUUGUUGUUGGUUUCGAAUGUUAUGCACUUUUUAAUGUUUGUAAACUUUUACUAAUGAAUAGUGUAAUUGCUUCCUGAAUAUAUUAAUCAUCAGUUAAAACAUCUUUGUGGCCACAGCUGUUUGUUUCUACCAUAUGUAUCAUAGUACUUGUCACCUGAAAUUCUUUCGUGAGAUGUGUGGAGAAAAAACAAACACUUCUGAUCAGUAUUAUGAGCUCAUUUAUUAGUGUUAAUAAAAAACAAGCCAGCAGUAUGCUUGUGGCUCAUUAGUGUAAUAUUAACUCUCACCUUUUAUUGUUUGGAAGCUGAAUGCCUCGCUGUCUUACUAGCUGUCAAAUGCCCUAUCUUCUUGGUAACAGAAGUAGUCCAUUUGCUUUGAAAAUACUGUUAGCCUUAAACUAAUUAUUUAUUUGUUUCACUUGAUGUUCCUUUCAAAUUUAACACAGUAUUAUUAAUCUUUUUCUUUUUUAAUUAUUUUUCCCUCCCCUUGCUCUUGCAUUAAGUCUUCAAGCUGAACUAGUUGCCCCUUUGUCAUGGACUAGUUACUGUCAAUCUAGCACAAACACCAGAAGGAAAUAAGAUUCUAGGGCUUUUUACAGUGUUACUUUAUUGAUGAUCCAUCAAACAUCAUCAAUAAAAUGUUGUGGGAAAAGGCAAUAAUGGAAUAAAUAAUUACAGUACAUUAAA